AUGAUGCUGGAUUGCCAAAUCCCAACAGGUAUAGGAGCCCGUAUCUACAGUAAUUAUGGUAUGAGCUUUGGAAUUAAUACAAAUGUUUCUAUUCAGUUCAAUGCGACUGCGCUGGGUUAUUCUGUCACUGAGGAGUGCCCUACUGGUCUGUGGGUGCUCCUUCUUCCAUCUGCAAGGUUUGCCGCACACUUCUGCACAGGAUCUCAAGGAUGUAACCACCAAUCGCGAUCGGCUGCAGGUCUGAGAUUAUAUUCUGUUGAUCACUGCACAAACAAGGCAUAUCAACGUGUCACAGUUACUCCUGUGAGUGUGCUUAUCUGGCACUGUUGGACUGCGUGGGGAUGGUCUUGGAGUGUCGUACUUGUUCCAAUUAUUUGCACUACUCUGGGAGUCAUGAGCAGAGCAUUCGUACUCUAUUAUAGUGCUUUCCAGAGGGGGAGCAGCCUAUCACCACCAAUCUUCUACAAUCUAAAGUCUGUCAACUGGGCUGUUCUCUACACUUCACUCAUUUUGACUACCUUGCUUUGGUGCACGAUCCUCAUCAUGUACCACAUCCUUAAAAUCAGCGGCAUUGCCACAGUGUUUCAAUUUUGCAAUGAGCAGAUCAGGAUUCAUUUGGCAAAUGUAGCUGCUGAGAUGAGGGGAAUUGCACCCACAAUUCUGGUUGGUCGUGUUGCAGCAGGGCAUACAUGCCCAGACAAUGACUGGGGCCAUUCGAGAAGCACAGUAGCAUCAGCAAAACAGCCCCUUCUUCUUUGA